UUUGAGUUUGGACCCUCGAUCUCUUUCUAUCUCUAUGUGCUUCUUUUUUCAAACAAAACCGCAAUUAAUGGGCUUACACUUGCACCACACCACUGUGAGACUAGGAUUCAUCUUGGUGCUGCUAAUAUCAGUCAUGGUUAGCUACACAAUGGCAGAUGCAGCCAAAGAUAGAGAGGAGUGUCAACAGCAGUUGGUAUCGAUGGCCACCUGUCUGCCUUACGUUGGUGGUGAAGCAAAAGCCCCUACACCAGACUGUUGCUCUGGUCUCAAACAAGUCCUCAAGAACAACAAGAAGUGUUUGUGUGUUAUCAUCAGAGAUCGUAAUGAUCCAGACCUGGGACUCCAGAUUAAUGUUACACUCGCUUUGAGCUUGCCUUCUGUUUGCCAUGCCCCUGCUAAUGUCUCCCAGUGUCCCGCUCUUCUACACAUGGAUCCUAAUUCACCAGAAGCUCAAGUUUUCUACCAACUGGGAGGGAGCUCUAAUCAAAGUGUCGGUAGUCCUGCUCCUAGUCCUACAUCUACUGGUAAUGUUGGAGUGAGUCCCACGAGUGGCCAAGACUCAAAUGGUGGUUAUUGCAGUGGAAAGAGGUGGUUUGGAAUGGAGAUUGCUACUGGAGGGGUCUUAAUUUGGUGUUUCAUGAUCAGUUCACACUUGUUCAUAAUAUAGGCACUUGGUUUCUCACUUUUUAAUAACUUCGGCCUUGACUUCUCUGUUGUAUAAUUGUCACCCCCAUUUUAUCUUCCUUUAGUUUAUAUAUAGACACUCUCUGCCCUUCCCCU